GCAGUUACCCGCAAACUUUCAAAGAAGAAGAACCUGACUGAGAAACUGCGCAGACGCACAGUUUCACACAGGCACACACAGGCUAACAGCUAAGAUGGCGCUAAGUAAAACCUUUGGGCAAAAACCGAUAAAAUUUCAGCUCGAGAAGGAUGGGGAUUUUUAUAUGGUUGGAUCAGAGGUUGGCAAUUACUUGCGUAUGUUCAGAGGGUCCUUGUAUAAGAGGUACCCUUCAUUGUGGAGAAGGCUCGCUUCUGUCGAAGAGCGAAAGCAGAUUGUUGCCUCAUCACACGCUACCAGUGUGACACUGCUGAAGGCAUCGGAGUGUGAAGAGAUCUUUGAAGGCAACGAUGAAAAAUACAAAGCUGUGUCCAUCAGCACCGAGCCUCCUGCAUAUCUCAGAGAGCAGAAGGCCAAGAGAAACAGCCAGUGGGUGCCCACCCUGCCCAACAGCUCCCACCACCUGGACGCAGUGCCAUGCUCCACCGCCAUCAACCGCAACCGCUUGGGCAGGGACAAGAAGAGGACUUUCCCCCUCUGCUUUGAUGACCACGAUCCGGCUGUGAUCCACGAGAACGCGUCUCAGCCAGAGGUGCUGGUGCCCAUCCGCCUGGACAUGGAGAUUGACGGACAGAAACUCCGAGAUGCCUUCACCUGGAACAUGAAUGAGAAGCUGAUGACUCCUGAGAUGUUUGCGGAGAUCCUGUGCGACGACCUUGACCUGAACCCCCUGACCUUCGUGCCGGCCAUCGCCUCCGCCAUCCGCCAGCAGAUGGAGUCCUACCCCACUGACAGCCUCCUGGAGGAGCAGACCGACCAGCGGGUCAUCAUCAAGCUGAACAUCCACGUGGGUAACAUCUCGCUGGUGGACCAGUUUGAGUGGGACAUGUGCGAGCAGGAGAACUCGCCGGAGCAGUUUGCCCUGAAGCUGUGCAGCGAGCUGGGCCUGGGAGGGGAGUUCGUCACCACCAUCGCCUACAGCAUCCGCGGACAGCUCAGCUGGCACCAGAGGACCUACGCCUUCAGUGAGAACCCUCUGCCCACGGUGGAGAUUGCCAUUCGGAACACAGGAGAUGCCGACCAGUGGUGCCCCCUGCUGGAGACACUCACCGACGCAGAGAUGGAGAAGAAGAUCCGGGACCAGGACAGAAACACCAGGCGCAUGCGACGACUUGCCAACACCGCUCCUGCCUGGUAGAGGAUCAACGCGCCAACCGAUUGGCUGCCAGCCCGUGCCCCAUUGGCUUAAACCUCCGAGAGCUCUUCCACAUCUCCACCCGCCCCUCCCUCCCUUCAUCCUUCCAUCGUGGUUGAAUCUUCUCCUCUUCCCUCUCUCCUUUUCCCUUCCCUUCUCUUCCCUUCCCUUGCCUCACACAACACAUUCCACAGUUCUGCUCACAUCAACUUUUGCCCAUUGCAUCCCACACAAACACUGAUCUGGGUACAGUCAAAGCAGUGUGUUUGUGUGGGUAACUACUCAUCCCCAUUCAUCCCCCCAAAAGAUCUCUGUACUGUAGUGGCAAAUGGACCUUAGACUAAUCCCUCACUUGGGCACUGUACCCUCAAGCAUACCUGCUCAGUUGCAGACUGUUUGAAUCCAGACCUCCAGACAUAAUGGGUGAAAAGGAACGUACGUACAGACAAUGUGUCAUCCCUUUUCUCAGAUCCAUACUAGGAAGCAGUUUCCUCUUCUUUGGGUACACAGAUAUUACUGUGGAUUUCAAAUGUAAAGUUCGUUUUUUUUUUCAUGUACGGAAUAUGAUAUGGCUCUUUUUUUAAAAGCUGUGUAAUUGAGUCUGUUACUAAUGAACUCUGCUUGUGAUGUUUUGUCUUUCUUUUCAUUUUUUGGUUAUGUUUUACAAAAGAGAGAUCUUGUGUUGAAUCAUUAAAUGGUUUUAAACUGAA